AUGACCAAAGGAAAAGAAUCAACCGUUCAUCAUAUCAACUUGAAUUCAUUACAGAAUCAUUCUCACCAGUUCUUCAACAAAGCUGACGUGGCAUCAGAUGAUCAUGAAACACGCGAAUUCAAGAAAGUAAAACUCGAUGAUUCCCGGACAAUUACCAUGAUUCUUGGUGUCCCGAUUAUUGACACGAAACUUGAAUCGAACGUUAAACAUGAUAUUGAUUUAAACAUGUCUCUUGAUGAAGAAGAUGCUCCACCUCCGGCGCCGGAAACACCACCUUCGCCGGAAGCUCCGGCACAUAAUUCGCCGGAAAACCCUUCCGCCAUGGAUUCCGAUCUGGAGCUUGUGAACAUCGCAGCAGAAGCAAUCAUAUCAAUUUCAACUUUUAACCCGCCUGAAAAUCCUGAAAAACCGGUAGAAAGUUUGAUGUGGUUUGCAGAUGUGAUUACGAACGAUUUGGAAUUGGAGAAAAAUUUUGUUGAAAAGAGUGAGGAAAUGGAUUACUUCGAGUACAUGACAUUAAAACUUCAAGAUUCGAAAGAAAAUCAUGAUGAUUUUUAUAAACCGGUGAUCAUGGAAGACAAAAAAGAAGAGGAAAACAAUAGUUUGUCGCUAAAAAGAACACCUCGAAAAGGACAAGGAAAAAGGGGGAAACAAAAGAAAGAUUUUCAGAAAGAUAUUUUACCAAAUAUUGUUUCUUUAUCGAGGCGUGAAGUUACAGAAGAUCUUCAGAUAUUUGAAGACGCGUUUUCUGGGACGGGUGUUUUUUGGCAGUCUAGUUUAUCGAAAAGGAAAGGUGGUGGUAGGAGUGGAAGAGGGAGGCGGCGGUCGAUGGCGGCAGAACCCUUGUGCCGCCCACAGCCGCCACCGGAGCAGUGUAGGGAGUUGGCGUUGGAGAAGAGUCUUGGCGGGUGGGGGAGGAGGACACGGCGGUUGCCGAGGCAACGGUGUUCAAAUGGUGGUAGUCAUUAUCGGUCUCUUGCUUUGAAAUGUUGA